AUGACAUUCUUAUAUCUAAAAUCAUCGUGGAGAAGAGAUUACCUGGAAUGCACCAAGAUCAUCACAGAUCAAACAUCACUCGGCCUAGGACUAGCACACAACAAGGUUUGUGUAAGAUCUAGAUUUGGACAUCCUUGUAAUCCUCUCCAUAGAUAGAUUAACUUUUAAUUUGAAUUAGUUUUAUCAUUUAUUCUAUUAUUCUAUUGCAUUAUAUUUAUUUUCUCCCUUUUGCCACGUUUUUCAUUUCUCUUGUCUUCACCCUGUUUACAUUUAAUUUCACCCUUUAUAAUCUCAUGUAUAUAUAUAUCUAUAUAAGAAAUAAAAUAAGUAGAAUUUGUACUCUCAUUACCCAUGCUCUCUAAAGAUCGACCCUUAUCUUAAGUAGAAGAGUGAGGUUUUAUAAAUAUUAUUUGCAUAAACUUGGUUGCAUCACAACAAUGUAUUUAACCUCCAAUUCAAGUUCAUCACUAUGCUCCUCUACUAUCACCUACCGAUUCUUUGAUGUCUAUGGUCUUCAAAGAUCUUCCCUAAAACAACUAGCCUCAGAUUUGACAACUGUCCCCCAUCAACCUCUUCUAUGGGGACAGCCCUUUCAUUAAGUCAUUCAUCAACACUUUCACAACAUGACUAAGGCGUAGUGGCACACAUUCAAAGGCUCACCAAUGUGAUUCCUCUCCCUCAAAUUCAACUCCUACGCCUUCAAAUAUCACUCCCUCUAUUCUUCUAUGCCUAAUAUAAUAUUGUAGAGAUAUAUAUUUUAGGUUUAUGGGUUUGGCCUACUUUCUCUCUCCUCACCAUUAUAUGUAUAGAACUUCUACCAUCUUCUUUAAUUUAUUAAGUUAUUUUCUAUCUACAUGAUAUUAGAGCCAUGGUGAUCUGCCACGGUUUUCUAUUGACACCACCAUCUCCUCGGCUGCCACUCCAUCAUUGUCUCCAUGGUGACUCUCCAAGCCACAGUGCUCUACUAGGGUUUUCUAUUAGUGCCACUGUCUCCUCGGCCACCACUCCAUUGUUAUUUCCAUGGCAACUCUCUAGUACCCAUCUCCUCUAUGCGCCAUCUUGCUGCACUGCUCUCCUACUCCUCAGCGCCACCAAGUGCCGGCCCACCACUACACAGCUGCAUGCAACAGCGCCACCGUGCGUCAUUGCAUGCAGUAGUGCUCGUUGCACAGCAGCGAGUAGUGUGCAGCUGCACAAUGCAUACAUUGGUGCACCAGCACCACCUGACAACACCCACCAAUGCCUUCAGGUUGGUUGGUGCUCUUUUGGGCUCUUUUGUGCCCUAGGGCACAUUCGGGGCAUGUCUGCCCUUCUUUGUGCCCUAGGGCAUCCCAGUGUACAUCUCGAGCAGCAGCUUGUCACUUCUUCACUGACAUGUCUAACAACUUGGGGAGUUUCGGGACAUCUAUGGGUGGGGCUACUGUUCCUAUAGUGUCUACAAUACAUUCGGCUACUUUUUCAUUAGGGGUUGUGAUGAUCAUCACUCACCACUUAUCAGGUGCCAAGAAUUAUUGAAAAUAGAGUCAUGAUGUUUAUGUUUAUCUUGCAAGAUAUGAUAUAUUGCAUCUCAUUACGGAGGAUCCACCGACGAAGCCUAAUUUACUUCGGAAGUGGAACUGUGAUGAUCAAUAUCUAUUGGGUUCUUUAAGAGUGAUGAACUCGAUUUAGAGGUUAAAUAUGUCAUCGUGAUGUAACUAAAUUCAUGUAAACAAUAUUUAUAAAACCUCACUCUUCUAUCUAAGAUAAGUAAGGGUCAGUCCUCAAGGAGCAUGGGUAAUGAGAGUAAGAAUUUUACUUAUCUUAUUUCUUAUAUAUAUAUACUUGACAUUGUGAAGGGCAAAAUCAAUCUAACAAGAAUAAAUACAAGAGAAAUGGAAAGUGACAAAGGGGAGAAAAUUGAUCUAAUGUAAUGAAAUGAUGAAAUAAAUGAUAAAAUUAUUUGGACUAAAAGUUAAUCUAUCUAUGGAGAAGAUUACAAAGAUGCUCUAAAUCUAGAUCUUGCACACAUCUCGUUGUGUGUCAAUUCUAGGUUGAGUGAUGCUUGAUCCGUGACGACCUUGAUAUGCUUCAAGUAGUCUCUUCUCCACAACGAUCUUGGGCAUGAGAAUACUAUUGACCCGACCUUGAUUUCUCUCCGUUUUCCUUCAACUAGUCACUACUAGAGAGAGAGCCAAAAAGUACAUUCAAAGAGGGGAGCAAGAUGCCUUAAUCAUCUCGAGAAUUAGGCCCUUCUAAUAGACGGUUAUGAUUAAUAAUCGACUCUCUUGGUGGACGACUCAGAUUCUUUCAUGAUGACUGUGCUAUAAUCUUCUCUUAAUUUCAUCUUAAGACGUCCUAAGAUGAGCAGCCUAGAUCUCAUUUCUUGAUAGCCUUUUUAAGUCCAAAUGGACUAAGCCCAAAGUGGCACCUCUAUAGGGCCCAUAAACAUAUUAAGCUGA